GAAACGUCUCUCUCUCUCUCUUUUUCUUUUUCCACGUUUUCUCACACACCAAACGCGCAAAUUCUCAAAAGCGUGGAAAUAUUGAAAACUUUAUAAUCUCUACGCUUCAUCAAAAGCUUCAUAAGUUUGUGUAUAGUUAGCAUUUCAUUGAAUAUUCUUUCCAGAACUCCAAGAGUUGUUCACGAUCAUUUUGCUAAGCUGGGUGACAAAAGUUUUCAGCAUAUAGUGAGGAUUUUUAAAAAAAACUUGAGGUUUUGGUGACGGGUGGAGGAGUAAAAAAUGGCGGCGGCAUUGGCCGGAGAGGACUUGGCGAGGCAGACGAGUAGUAGGAGUUGGCGGUCGGCAAGUGUGAGAGAGAUGUGGAAUGAACCGGACGUGUUUCAGAGGAGCAGCCGGCGGCAGGCGGCGGACGAUGAGGAGGAGCUGAAGUGGGCGGCGAUAGAGAGGCUGCCUACGUAUGAUAGGCUGAGGACAGGGAUGCUAAGACAGGUGAUGAGCAAUGGGAGGGUGGUGCAUGGUGAGAUUGAUGUCACAAAGCUUGGCACUCAAGAAAAGAAGCAGUUGAUGGAGAGCAUUCUCAAAUUUGUUGAAGAGGAUAAUGAGAAGUUCCUCAGGAGGCUCAGGGCCAGAACUGAUAGGGUAGGAAUAGAGAUUCCUAAAAUUGAAGUUAGAUUCCAGAAAUUAUCGGUUGAGGGAGACGCAUAUGUUGGGACCAGAGCACUUCCAACUCUGCUUAAUUCCACCUUGAAUGCAGUAGAGGGAGUUCUUGGAACCAUUGGACUCUCUCCAUCAAAGAAAAGAGUUGUCAAGAUACUCCAAGAUGUGAGUGGCAUAGUCAGACCAUCAAGGAUGACAUUGCUUCUAGGGCCUCCUGGGUCAGGGAAAACAACAUUGCUGCAAGGACUUGCUGGGAAACUGGCUGAUGAUUUAAGGGUAACUGGGAAAGUCACCUACUGUGGUCAUGAAUUCAAUGAAUUUGUACCUGAAAGAACCAGUGCUUACAUUAGCCAGCAUGAUCUCCAUUAUGGUGAGAUGACUGUUCGUGAGACAUUAGAUUUCUCCGGACGUUGUCUAGGAGUUGGUACCAGGUAUGAAAUGCUGUCAGAGUUGUCUAAACGGGAGAAAGAAGGGGGAAUUAAACCAAACCCGGAGAUUGAUGCCUUCAUGAAAGCUACAGCUAUGGCCGGACAGGAGACAAGUUUGACCACAGAUUAUGUUCUCAGGAUACUUGGAUUGGAUAUCUGUGCUGAUAUCAUGGUGGGAGAUGACAUGAGAAGGGGUAUUUCUGGUGGACAGAAGAAGCGUGUAACUACUGGAGAAAUGUUGGCUGGACCAGCAAAAGCAUUAUUCAUGGAUGAAAUAUCAACGGGGCUGGACAGCUCCACUACGUUUCAAAUUGUCAAGUUCAUGAAGCAGAUGGUUCAUAUCAUCGAUAUCACCAUGGUCAUCUCUCUCUUGCAGCCUGCGCCUGAGACCUUUGAUCUUUUCGAUGACAUCAUUCUUCUUUCCAAUGGCCAGAUUGUCUACCAGGGUCCGCGUGAGAAUGUUCUUGAGUUCUUUGAAUAUACAGGCUUCAAAUGUCCAGAGAGGAAAGGUGUUGCAGACUUUCUGCAGGAAGUAACUUCCAAGAAGGACCAGGAACAAUACUGGUUCAAAAGGAACCAACCUUAUAGAUAUAUCUCGGUAUCUGAGUUUGUAAGGGCCUUUAACUCCUUUCACAUUGGCCAACAACUCUCUGAAGAUUUGAGAAUUCCUUAUGAUAAAUCCAGUGCCCAUCCUGCUGCUUUGGUGAGAGAAAAGUAUGGGAUCUCCAACAUGGAACUCUUCAAGGCUUGCUUCUCUAGGGAAUGGCUACUGAUGAAGCGCAGCUCAUUCAUAUAUAUAUUCAAAACUACUCAGAUAACAAUCAUGGCUACGAUCGCAUUGACUGUGUUCUUAAGAACAGAAAUGAAAUCUGGUCAAAUAGAAGAUGGAGCAAAAUUUUGGGGAGCACUAUUUUUCAGUCUCAUUAAUGUCAUGUUUAAUGGGAUGGCAGAACUUGCAAUGACAAUUUUCAGGCUUCCUGUGUUCUUCAAACAGAGAGAUUUCUUAUUCUACCCUGCAUGGGCUUUUGCAGUGCCCAUUUGGCUGCUUCGAAUUCCAAUUUCACUGAUGGAAUCUGGUAUUUGGAUCAUUCUUACAUAUUACACCAUUGGGUUUGCACCUGGGGCUAGUAGGUUCUUCAAACAGUUCUUGGCUUUCUUUGGCAUACAUCAGAUGGCACUCAGCCUCUUUCGAUUCAUUGCAGCCGUUGGAAGAACACAGGUUGUUGCAAAUACACUUGGUACCUUUACACUACUAAUGGUGUUUGUGCUUGGAGGUUUCAUUGUUUCCAAAGAUGACAUUGAGUCGUGGAUGAUAUGGGGCUACUACAUUUCUCCCAUGAUGUAUGGACAAAAUGCAAUUUCUAUUAAUGAGUUUCUUGAUGACAGAUGGAGCACUCCUGUGCUCAACUCUAGUCAACCAACAGUUGGAAAGACCCUUCUCAAGGGAAGAGGCUUGUUUACUGAAGCAUAUUGGUAUUGGAUUUGUAUAGCAGCACUCUUUGGGUUUUCUCUUCUUUUCAAUUUUCUUUUCAUUGCAGCCCUGACAUUCUUGAAGCCUCUCGGAGAUACCAAAGCUGUGAUUCUGGAUGAUGAGUCCGAAAGCAAGCCUAAGCGACAAUUGGAAUCCAAUUUAGAAGGUAUUGAUAUGCAAGUAAGAAAUGCUCAAGGAACUGCCAGCUCUGUUCAAACUAAACGAGGAAUGGUUUUGCCUUUCCAACCCCUUUCACUUGCUUUCAACCAUGUGAAUUACUAUGUUGAUAUGCCAGCAGAAAUGAAGAGCCAGGGGGUUGAUGAGACCCGACUGCAGCUGCUGCGAGAUGUUAGUGGAGCUUUCCAACCUGGUAUAUUGACAGCAUUAGUUGGUGUCAGUGGUGCUGGAAAGACUACCUUAAUGGAUGUCUUAGCAGGAAGAAAGACUGGUGGAUAUAUUGAAGGAAGUAUUAGCAUCUCUGGUUACCCAAAGAACCAAGCCACAUUUGCUAGGGUCAGCGGUUAUUGUGAACAAAAUGACAUCCAUUCCCCGUAUGUUACUGUCUAUGAAUCUCUGGUACACUCUGCCUGGCUGCGUCUUGCUUCGGAUGUAAAGAAAGAAACACGAAAGAUGUUUGUCGAUGAAGUUAUGGAGUUGGUUGAGCUUAACUCAUUGAGGAAUGCUCUAGUUGGACUUCCAGGAAUUGAUGGUCUUUCAACUGAGCAGAGAAAGAGGCUCACCAUUGCCGUGGAGUUGGUUGCUAGCCCCUCCAUCAUCUUUAUGGAUGAGCCUACAUCAGGCCUUGAUGCUAGAGCUGCUGCUAUAGUCAUGCGUACUGUAAGAAACACAGUGGAUACAGGACGAACUGUUGUUUGCACAAUUCACCAACCGAGCAUGGACAUAUUUGAAUCAUUUGAUGAGCUCUUCUUGAUGAAAAGGGGAGGACAAGCAAUUUAUGCCGGACCUCUUGGUCUCCAUUCUCACAAACUUGUUGAAUACUUUGAGGCUAUCCCAGGGGUUCCCAAGAUCAAAGAAGGAUACAAUCCUGCUACCUGGAUGUUAGAGGUCAGUUCUACUGCAGUUGAGGCUCAACUUGACAUUGAUUUUGCAGAAGUUUAUGCCAACUCUGACCUUUACCGGAGAAAUCAGGAACUUAUCAAGGAGCUAAGCACUCCCCAACCAGGUUCCCAGGAUCUUUACUUCCCCACACAGUACUCUCAAAGCUUUAUAACUCAGUGCAAGGCUUGUUUCUGGAAGCAGCAUUGGUCAUACUGGAGAAACUCACAGUACAAUGCAAUUCGAUUUUUCAUGACGAUUGUUAUUGGUAUUCUUUUUGGUGUCAUCUUCUGGAGCAAAGGAGACAAGAUACACAAACAGCAAGACCUGACUAAUCUAUUGGGAGCUACAUAUGCUGCUGUUUUUUUCCUUGGAGCUACCAAUGCUUCUGCUGUGCAAUCUGUGGUGGCAGUAGAGAGAACUGUCUUUUACCGUGAAAGAGCAGCUGGAAUGUACUCAGAGUUGCCUUAUGCAUUUGCUCAGGUGGCUAUUGAGACAAUAUAUGUUGCAAUUCAAACGUUUGUGUAUUCUCUUCUUCUAUACUCAAUGAUUGGAUUCCACUGGAAGCUGGAAAAGUUCUUGUAUUUCUACUACUUCAUAUUCAUGUGCUUUACAUACUUCUCAAUGUAUGGGAUGAUGGUUGUUGCACUCACUCCGGGCCAUCAAAUUGCUUCAAUUGUCAUGUCCUUUUUCAUGAGCUUUUGGAACUUGUUCUCUGGUUUCCUCAUCCCUAGGCCGAUGAUCCCCAUAUGGUGGAGGUGGUACUACUGGGCUUCCCCAGUUGCUUGGACAAUCUAUGGACUUUUCACAUCUCAAGUUGGUGACAAGAAGAAUUUACUUGAAAUUCCUGGUUCAGAACCAAAGGCUGUAGAUGAAUUCCUUAAGGACUACAUGGGUUUUGACCAUGACUUUCUUGUCCCUGUAGUCUUUGCCCAUAUUGGUUGGGUGGUCCUCUUCUUCUUUGUCUUUGCCUAUGGCAUCAAAUUCCUUAACUUCCAAAGGAGAUGAGGAACUUUCUUGUGCACCACAGAAGCUUUUUUUUU